CAGUAUUUCGCUAUAAUUUGCCAGUUUUUCGUCUCUUUUAUCAGCAAUACACCUAAUUUGUUAUCUGAGGACAUUUGUGGUCCACUUCUACCAAAUAUGGAAGCCCUUUAAGAGAAAGCUCUUUCAUUUUGUCCAGAGCCACUCGUCCAUUGGACACCAGCGAGUGUCACAAAAGGUGCGGUACGUCUCGCACAAAUAUAAUACGUCUAAUUGUUCUGUAUCAAACAGCGUUUGCUUUGAAGUGCUAUUAUAAGGAUUUGAUAACUAAUCAGUUAUUUUGUUUUCAGGAGUACAGGUACUCAGUAAUCAUUCAUUGUUAUUCCUCAAACUGGCACCGCGGUGCAAACGCGUGCAAACAAAAAUAAAAAAAGAGGCUGAACUUUGACGAAAUAUUGGGAUAUUUCCUAAGAAAGUUUGGUGUGAGUAUAGUAGACGGUCCACCGAAUUUUCGCCACCCUUCAAAAGAUGCUGAGGAAUUUUUCUUUUAAGAAAGGAUUUAUUGGAUUUAACAUAUCAGCUAUCGCUUAUAUAGAUCCAAGGAUUCUGAUCUUUCUUUUCAUUGACACCAAACAUUCUGGUCCCUAAAUGACCUCAAUCUGACUAGUCUUCUUCUCACGAGUUUACAUCAGGUUGUUUACCAUGCACUAUCGUACCUUAGCUUAAAUACACGUCAAAAUGGUUCAGUUUCCCCACAAGUAUUACACAUCACAAGGGUACCUAUCUUAAUAAAGCAAAGUAUAGUGUUCAUAAACUGUUGCUCAAACAAUUCUAUAAGAUGAUUGUAAAGUCUGGUAUCUUUGGGCUGAGGUUAGUCAGAGAAUCUGCUCAGUCGUCUUUUUUUUUCCAACGGUUUUAUACAUUCAGCAAUAAAAAAGCCAGACGGUUUUUGAAAAUGGUGAAUAUUAUACUUCAGUAGGGGCUACUAUUCAAAACACCGGUUUCAGUGGAUUAAGCAUGUUUUACAAAACGGCUUUCAUACUGAUCACAGUUUGUUAACACUAAGACUAGGUGGACAACACAAAGAUAUGACAUGUAUUAGCAAAAUAAUUUCUUUACUGAGGUCUUGAAUCGAUCAAUGAUCUCAAUAAAAACUAGAAGUCUCCACAACCCCUAUACUAAUAAUUUUAAUGUGCUCACCAUCGACUAGCCUUGAGAGGUAAUUCUCGGAGUUCUAGUGAGAAGCCAUGACCAGUAGAGUUCAGGUGUGAGGCAGUCAUCCAUCGAAGACAAUGGAAUAUGGUCACGCAGUAUCGUAAGUUGGUUGAAGUGAGACAUUAACACGACUGGAUGCCGGCUCAGUUGUCUAGAGGUUAAGCGUUUCUGUGCGGGACCAUAGGUGCUCACCGUUUAGGAGUCACACUAGGGCGAAACGGCCUUUCAGUGCUCCCAGGUUUUCAAUAAUGGUCUGACAUUGAUGGACUCAUGAUCUCAAUAAAAACUCAACAACCUCCAAAACCCAAUACUGAGGAUGUGUCAUUAUCAACCCUAGGUUCACUACAACUUUACAGAUGUGAUGCCUUAUCAAGUAUGAUUCAAACUAUAAAAUAAUGGCCUAGGACGUGCUAGUAGGUUUUGACCACCAUGAGAUAACUUCGACUACUGGUCAGAAAUGGGUUCGACUUAAAAUUGGUCGCAGUAACUUGGAUGCAACGAAUCGUUGUCUACGGUGGUUAUGACUGACUAAUUAGUUCCAUAGUAAAAUAUAUGAUUGACUUCUGUUCUGAUUUCUGGUCAUUUUAGGUUUCUGCUCAAGUUAUUGUGUCUGUCACAUGUGUUCGAUCGAUGGAUCAUAUAAGCAUAUCCGAAAAACGAAACCUUCAAUCGCUAUUCCCUAUAUUCAUCCCAAUCGUGAGCACUUAGAUGAAAGGGCAAUUUAUGGCUUCAUUAUAUAUCUUGUAUGUUUUCCUGCAUUUGUAUUGUAUGUAAUUUGGGCAUAUAUUCCACAUGAAUGGUUGAAUUUAAUUGGAAUAACAUACCUACCCAACAAACACUGGUCAGUUACUGCACCAAUCUCACUACUGAUUAUAUGUAUAUCUGGUCUUUUUGCUUAUAUUUGGAAUAAUCGUUCACUCAUGCAACCGCUUACAUCGAUUUAUCAAAUUAAAGCUCUCCCUCGUUUGCUAUAUUCAAUCAUUUCUACGGUCUUCUAUUGAAGCGAAUGAUACUCCUUUGUCGCUGCAACCAAAUAUCCUAUCUAAUAAUACUUUUAUUUCAAUGUUUUUGGAUUGACAAAUGUUGAAAAUAGAAUUUUAUAAGAAAUCACAGACUGAUGCUUGACAAUAUAUUUCCGAUUCAAUAAUAAAAUCGACGAAAGUAACAUGAAUGGAAUCAUCAGCAUCUGGAUUCAUGCCCCAAAAUGCCCUGGUACGGCCGAGAGUGGAGAGAGUCCAAGCCAAUGGUGCGCAUGGGCUCCAGUAUCCUAAAGGAACAAAUGGCGUAUGAACCAAUCGUUGGUCAUCGUCUACCAUGGGGCUGCAUCUGCUGACGUUGCUCCACUGCCUUGUGGAUUAGACCUUCAGGUCGAAGGCUCCGGGUGUGGCAACCUAAGAAAACCACCUGGUUCGGUUUGGGCACUCGGGCAGUAUCACAGCCCUCACAUAAUUCAAAUGAGAUUUGUGUGGCUCAUAUGUAUUUGGUGCCUCCUUGUACGAAUAUCUGUGUUCAAAUAAUAAUAAUAAUAAUAAUAAUAAUAAUAAUAAUAAUAAUAAUAACAAUCUGGAUUGAUUAAAGGGACAGUUAAAUCAACACAAUAUAUCAUCCAUUGAGAAAAAUCAUGGUUAGUAAUAGGGUCAGAAGUUAUGUAAAUGGUGAUGAUAACCAAAAUAAAUAUGCAAACGAUGACAGAGUGAGGGUUAAUAACAACCAGUCAAGAUCAAAGUCGACAGAACAGCGUGUUAGUCAUGUGAGGAAAAAAAUCAGAUAGCUCACAGUCAGGUUCAUGUUGAUGGUGUUGUCCAGAAGGACGAAGAAAGCUUUGCGACCAAAGAGAACUCUACAAAAAUCUUCCACUUGAACUCUAAAUCCUUACCUCAAGAUUUAUUAUAUUUUAACAAUCCUGUUAUUGUUUCAGAUUCACUUUCAAUGCAUGCUCAAAAUCCAACUGAUAGUUAUGUCACAGAUCAACAGUCUAAUUCAAACGUAUCAAAACCAGUGGAAUUAUUGAGACCAUUAUCGAUAAUCCCCCCUGUGUAUGAUUUGGAUCAUAUUUGGGUGACAAGCGAGUUGUAUUUAAAGACAAAUAAAGUUACCACCUCAAGCAUUAUUGACCAUGAUAAUAUGAAGCGUUAACAAAACAGAAAGGAUAAGAUUUUGUUUUUGUAAAUUAUUAGGUGUUGAUUGCUGUAAAUAUUUUGAAUCUUCAUUAUUGACGUUCCCUGCAAAUCAUAUCCGUAUAAAGUUUUCCGACAAUGUAAAUAUACCUUCUUAUUUAAGGCUAAGGACGUCACGUUCUUUUUGAUUGUGUUUUUCAGCUGAUGGUCAGUUUUCUUAACAGUUAAACUUCAACAAAUUAAUUGUCAUCACUGAUUUUCAUGUUAAACAACAUAUUUAGGAAACUUAUACGAAUAUUCGUCAAUAUUAGAACGGAUAUUUUGGCAAAAAUUGGGCGCCCAGUAUAGAGAAGUCAUUAUAUAUGGAAAUUAUAUUUGAAAUAAUCUCAGCGAUUGAAAUUUAAAUAAUUCCAACGUUUCGUCCAGCUAACUUGUCUGGACUUCUUCAGGGUAGAAUAAUCAAAAUCAUCAAACAAAUAUAUAGCUUUUUAACAAUCAAAACUAUACUGUGUUAAACCGUAUUUGGAUGUUGAUUUUUGUAAAAUAGGAUAACAUGAGUUAGUUUACAUGGUAAUCAUGUGGAAAAUUCAACAUGGAAAUAAUUAACUGAAUAACAAAUUGCAUAUGUGUGAGUGUGUAGAGAAUAAAAAACUCAUAUUUUCUAGCAGAAACUAAUAUUUACCUUUACAGUUCUACUUAUUAUUGACUUUGAAGACUAUGAUGCUGAAUAUCUUUAUUUUCAAAGAACAGGAAAAACACAAUCUAGUUGAAACUUACAUCCCAAUAGUUGAAAUAGCUUCCUAUUGUCAAAUGAAAAAAUGUUUGUUAGUUAAGAAAAUUCACUACAUAUAAUUAACAUUUUCAAAUGGGUAAAAAUUAUUUUUGUUUUGGUGUUGAUAAAUACUUUUAAUCAUUCUGAAUAAGCCACUGAUAUUGAUCAUUUGUAAUAAGAUUUACUAUAAUACAAUUAAUAAAUACUAA